AUGGUUCGUCGAACCGCUUAUAAGCGACCGGCGGCGAGGGGAGACAGCCAACCGGCGAGAGGAGACAGCCAAACGGCGAGAGGAGACAGCCAACCGGCGAGGGGAGACAACCAACCGGCGAGGGGAGACAGCCAACCGGCGAGGGGAGACAGCCAAACGGCGAGAGGAGACAGCCAACCGGCGAGGGGAGACAGCCAAACGGCGAGAGGAGACAGCUCGGCGCAUGCCCAUCAUCUCACGAGCGAUUCGUGCGUGACGGCCAUGAGUAACUCACCCACGGACGGCCCGGUACUGACUCGGCCGCAGAAGUGGCGUGCCGCAGCCGCAUGCAGAAGGGAGCUACUGAACGCGCUGCGGCAGUGGGCGGCAAAGGUGAGGCCGAGAGAGGCCGAGGCGGAGCUGCUGGCGAGCCCCCACUUGCAGCUCACUCGCGAAGCAGACUCCGCCGUGCUGCUGUGCUCCGCGGCCUGGCGGCGGGCGGCACUGGCGCGAGCGGCAGCGAGUGGGAACGUGCGGAGGUCGUUGAGGCGGAACGCGACGACGCUGGCGCGGAUAGAAGCGGGCGUGGAUGCUGUGUGCCGCGGGGUGCGCGAGAUAGAGGCUAGACUGGUCGGCGAGUGCGGUGGCAAGGGCAACGCGGGUGGCCAGGGUGGGAAGGUGCUGGUAGCUGAAGCAGGAGGCGCAACAGGAGCGGGAGCAGGAGCGGGAGCAGGAGCAGGAGCAGGAGCAGGAGCAGGAGCAGGAGCAGGAGCAGGAGCAGGAGCAGGAGCAGGAGCAGGAGCAGGAGCAGGAGCAGCAGCAGGAGCAGGGGCAGGAGCAGGAGCAGGAGCAGCGUCCAGAGAAGCAGCAGUAGCUAAGUGCAGCACGUGGCCUGAGGCGUGCUGGCCUGUGCCUCACAUGCCCUUCUCCGAUGUCAUGGCCAGCAGGGCGCGCAAGUUCCUCGUAUUCGCCUACUCCGACGAGCAGCUCUCCAACACGCGCUCUCACCUUGCAGAGGCCGCCCGCUUCGCCCAAGCCACCAACCGCACGCUCGUGCUGCCCAAGCUAUACCACUCCAUCGCUUCCCAAUGUACCACUCCCCUUGGUGCCCAAAGCACCACUCUGCAUGUUUCACUACACACUCUCUCCUGUCUCCCGCCUCUUCUGCUUAUGUUUCCCCUUCCUCUCUGUGGGCCUCCCCUUCCUUUGCUGUCUUUCAAAUCCCCACUUUAUCAUUCCAUUCCCCCCCCAACCCCUCUCCUCCUCUCCCCUCCUCCCCGUCUCCCCCUCUCCCCCUCUCCUUCCUCUCCCCGUCGCAACCAUGGCAGCCAGUCGCAGCCGCCUCUCACUCGCACAUUCCCUGCCACUCUGCACCUACUUAAACCUGUCUCGUCUCAAAACCCACUGGAUCUCCCUUCCUCAGUCCUCUUCCCCUCCUCCCCCACAUGCAAAUCACCGCAGGCCAGUCGCAGCCGCCUCUCACUCGCACGUUCCCUGCCACUCUGCACCUACUUCAACCUAUCUCAUCUCAACGCCCACUGGAUCUCGCCCGACCUCUUCCUGCUCCUCGCUAGAGCCGCUCUCGACCUCCCCUUUGCUGCUGCUGCACCUGGCGCCACCCCGCGGUACACGGACGUGCUGGUGUGGAUGAAGAGCACCUUCGGUGUGGUGGACUUUAACCCUCCCACCAGCGCCAUCUCGUUCCAGAUGCUUCCAUACAGCCGGGCGUGGCACGCCAUGGCCCAUCGAGCCAUGACCCGCCUUCCCCAGCGGUACAUUGCGGCGCACAAGCUAGUGCGAAGAGGCUUCAAGGCGGAGGCAGGCGUGCUGGAGGAGCUGAUGACGGGGUGCAUGGAAGCGGCGCGCGAUCUCAUCAACGACAUGAAGCGCCGCCACAACAUCUCUGCCGUCUUCAUCGCCGCCGACGUGCCAUUUGACGACAAGGCGGGCAGCGUGGUGCGGUCGGACUCGUGGAAAGAGACCACGUGGAAGUUUCAAGGGCAAGAGAGGGUGCUGCAGGCCCCACAGGAGAAGCUGCGGUGGCUGAGGGAGCAGGUGGCGGGGACUGUGAUGGUGGACGAGCUCUUGCCCGCCAUCAACCAGUAUGACCUCGGCAUCGUGGCCAUAUUGGACAAGCUUCUGUGCGCACAUGCCCAUGCGUUCCUGGCUGGAUCCAACAUAUGCGGGGGAGGCCAUGGCUUUGAGCAGGACAUUACUACCCACAGGGUUCACUUCAACAAGACUUACCUCCACAGAUGGGUCUCACAGACAGACGAGCUUCUAUGGCACUCAAAUGCCAGCUCUGCACGUGUAGCGUAA